AUGAAACCAGCUGGGGGACAAAAGAAAUUAACAGACGAAGAAGAGGAAAAACUGGUGAAAGUACAGAUUGCUGCUGCUGAUUAUGGAACCCCAAUGACAAAGUUGGAUUUGAAAAUGCUUACCAUGUCUUCCAAUCGACGUAGAGAGUUUUCAUUGCGGCAAGACGAAAUUAUAGAAUUCUUGAUGGCUGACUACAGCGAUGAUGAGGAGGGUUUAGUCCUUGAUGAAGAGGAUCAACUACAGCGAUGA